AUGAAGUGGUCACUCGCUAGCGGGCUGGUCUCACUUCUUGUGACGGCCGUCACAGCUUGGCCCUAUGACGAGGCCUACCUGGAUUAUAACAUCAACACAAAUAAGACGGCCACCAACCCGGCACAUUACUGGGGAACAUGGCCUGGUCACGAGGGGAAAUAUUUCCCCUCCCCGGAUAACUGGCGCUUCCCGUUCUACUCUAUGUUCUUGGAUCGCUUCGUGAAUGGUGAUCCUACCAAUGACAACGCAAACGGUACCACCUUCGAGCAUGAUAUCGAACAACGCAUUCGCCAUGGUGGCGAUGUGGCUGGCCUUGUUGACACACUGGAUUAUCUCCAAGGAAUGGGAAUCAAGGGUAUCUAUAUCACGGGAACCUCCUUGCUGAACAUGCCGUGGACCUCAGACGGAUAUGGAGUUGUGGAUACAACGCUUCUCGACGCGCAUUAUGGCACUAUUCAAGCUUGGCGAGACGCCAUCACCGAAAUCCACAAGCGCGGGAUGUACGUCUUGUUCGACAAUACCAUUGCGACAAUGGCUGACUUGCUUGGAUUUGAAGGCCAUCUCAACAAAUCCACCCCAUUCUCGGAGAAAGAAUGGCCAGCAGUAUGGAAGUCUGAUCGCCGAUACAGAGACUUCGACAUUAAAGAAGGUAACUACAAUGCCAGCUGCGACUACCCUCGAUUCUGGUACGAAGAUGGACUCCCCGUGAAUGAAUCGCAGACCGCGGGCUUGGUUGGAUGUUACGACAGCGACUUCGACCAGUACGGUGAUAUUGAAGCUUUCGGUGUUUGGCCUGAUUGGAAGCGACAACUGGCCAAGUUCGCCUCCGUCCAAGAUCGUCUCCGUGAAUGGAACCCGAGUGUGCGCGAAAGGUUGAUCCGACACUCCUGUAUGAUCAUUCAUUCUUUAGACAUUGAUGGUUUCCGCUAUGAUAAGGCCACCCAAGCUACCGUCGAUGCCCUUGGAGACAUGUCCGCUGCCUACAGAGAAUGCGCGCGCGAGGUCGGGAAGGAAAACUUCUUUAUCACUGGCGAAAUCACGGGUGGAAAUGACUUUGGUUCUAUUUACCUCGGAAGGGGUAGGCAGAGGAACCAGUGGCCUGAGAACUCGGCCGUCACAAUGAAGUUGACAAACGAGUCCUCUGCCCAGUACUUCCUCCGCGAAGCGGGCCAUGAAGCCAUUGAUAGUGCGGCCUUCCACUACACGACGUAUCGUGCCUUGACUCGAUUCCUCGGCAUGGAUGGACAACUUUCGGCUGGUUAUGAUGCGCCUGUUGACUGGGUUGAGGGCUGGGACUACAUGUUGAGAACAAAUGACUUGAUCAAUGCUAAUACCGGCGUGUUCGAUCCCCGACACAUGUUUGGUGCGACAAAUCAAGACGUCUUCCGCUGGCCAGCGAUUGCGAACGGCACCCAUCGACAGUUACUCGGUACUUUCGUGACUACAUUAAUGCUCCCCGGAAUCCCACUUCUGCUUUGGGGAGAAGAGCAGAACUUCUAUAUCUUAGAUGCCACCGCGGAGAACUACAUUUAUGGGCGACAGGCAAUGUCGCCUGCAACUGCGUGGAUGACCCAUGGCUGCUUCCACUUGGACUCCUCCCAGUACUACAAGUGGCCCCUUGUGGCCGGUAGAAAGGGCUGUGAGGACAUGACAGUUUCUUACGACCACCGCGACCCUUCCCACCCUGUGCGGAAUAUUAUGAGGCACAUGUUCCAGAUGCGCGAACACUACCCAGUUCUCAACGACGGGUACUCCCUUGGCAACUUGACAAAGAACACCACGUGGGUUCGCUACCCUGGUUCCAAUGAAACGGCUACGGAGACCGGAAUGUGGUCCGUUUACCGGGAUGUCAACACCGACGUGCAAGAAGAGUUGGCCUUGAAUCCUGACAGCAUGCCAGUCUGGCUUGUUUACACAAACCUCAAUGACACAAUGACAUACAACUUCGACUGCAAGUCCGACAAUCCGAAUAAGACACUGACCGCGCCAUUUGAUGCUGGCACCACUGUCAAGAACCUUUUCUACCCCUACGAUGAAAUCACACUGGUGGAGGGAGCUCGGAAGCUUGGCUUGAAUGGAUCGAAGGAGGUGAAUGGCUGCACGGAAAGCAUGGAGAUGAAGGCAUACGAGUUCCGCGCAUACGUCCCUAAGGAUAAGCACAAGUCAGCUCGGCCCAUGAUCACCAAAUUCACUCCGGGCCAUGAUUUCCCACUACGCUCUACCGUGGCGCCCAACCUUCCCGAGGAUGUGACGGUUGAACUUUACUUCUCGGAAGAAAUGAACUGUGACUUGGUGACUGAUGCAAUUACCUUCAAUUCAUCGACAGAAAAGGGGCAGGUUCCCACCAUAGACCCCAAGACUGUUAAUUGCACAACCAUUCCUCCCUUGCUCCAAUCAAAUUGGACUGCUGAGAUACCAAGCGUUUGGAAGUGGACAGCAAACCUGACUGGAGUGUAUAACGGAGUUCACAAGUUGACUGUCAACAACGCAACCAACACCGACAAAAGCUCUUCUACCAACGCUAUUGAUCACUUCCUCUUCCGUGUCGGUCAAAUCGAUAACCCUAUGGUAUUCAUUACUGCCAACUACUCGAGCAGUCUACUCCACAGAAGAGAAAAUGGCGACCUUUUCAUCCAGCACCACGCCGCUGGUGCAGACAAAUACCGCUAUUCUACCAACUGGGGAUCGUCAUUCUCCGACUGGAGAGACUACAAAGGUGGAAAUGAUACUAUUGACAAGCUCCCAUGGUCGGGAACCAAGGAUCAGGAGUGGGAUGGUGAGCAUGUACGUGUCGAAUACUGGAGUCGCUUGACCGGAAGCAGCGAUUACGUGCAGCAAGGUGAUCUUGACUGGAAUCACCCAGUCACACGACGCUUCCCCCAUGCUUUCUUCAACGGACCGUAUAAUCAAUAUGGAUACGAUGCGGGCCUAGAACAACAGAAUCCGGCUCGACACGAAAACCGGGACGGAAAGCCCGAUCAAACUUGGGUGUUGGGAGACAUCGACAAUGACACAAUCCUGGACCGAAGUCCGCCGUCUGCUCUGAGCGCGACCGUGAUUAAUAUCACUCAGGCGCCGGCUAAAGGAUACCUCUCCCACAAGCUCUACUUCGACGAUGGAACCCUCCGUUUCUGGCUUGAUCCGGUUGGACCCCAGUCCACACAGAUUGUCAUGUUCAUUCUAUUCUGGAUCAUACCAUUCAUCACUGCCGUGGGAUGUGUGUACAUCUUCAUGAAGUCCUUCUACAAGGUCAAGUUCAACGAGGUCGGCGUGACUGAGAAACAAAACAUCCCCCUCGCAAUUUGGAACAAGAUAAAGCCCUCCCAUUCUAGCAGGAACCAAUCCUCGAACCCACUCAUGCGCCUGGCCAACAAAUCUGGCUUCAUGCAAAGCACCAGUGCCCUCGGCGGGGCUCUUGCAUCUGGCAAGCGCCGCAUGGUUCUAAUCGCCACUAUGGAGUACGACAUUGAGGAUUGGGCUAUCAAAAUCAAGAUCGGUGGUCUUGGUGUUAUGGCUCAACUCAUGGGUAAGACCCUAGGUCACCAAGACCUAAUCUGGGUCGUUCCUUGCGUUGGAGGUGUCGACUACCCUGUGGACCAGGUGGCGGAGCCUAUGACAGUCACUAUUCUGGGCAGUCCCUACCAGGUUCAAGUGCAGUACCACGUGUUGAAUAAUAUCACCUACGUACUGCUCGAUGCUCCAGUGUUCCGUCAACAGUCGAAGACCGAACCGUACCCUGCUCGCAUGGAUGAUCUUGAUAGUGCAGUGUACUAUUCAGCAUGGAACCAGUGUGUCGCGGAAGCCAUCAAGCGAUUCCCAAUUGACACCUACCACAUCAACGACUACCACGGUUCUCUCGCGCCUCUUUACUUGCUACCAAGGACCAUCCCCGCUUGUCUUUCAUUGCACAAUGCUGAGUUCCAGGGUCUCUGGCCUAUGCGCACUAUCAAAGAAAAACAGGAGGUUUGCUCGGUCUUUAACCUUGACGAAGACAUCGCUCGUCGUUACGUGCAAUUUGGUGAAGUGUUCAACUUGCUCCACGCCGGCGCAAGCUAUCUCCGUGUCCACCAGGCAGGAUUCGGUGCCGUUGGUGUUUCUAAGAAGUACGGCAAACGGUCUUACGCUCGCUAUCCUAUCUUCUGGGGUUUGCACAAGGUUGGCAAUCUACCUAACCCCGAUCCAUCUGACGUCGGUGAAUGGACAAAGGAGCCCACCAAAGAGGAAGAUAUCACCGUGGAUCCAUCGUACGAGGCUAGCCGUGGUGAACUUAAGAGGCAGGCCCAGGAAUGGGCAGGGCUCGACCAGAAUCCUGAUGCCGACCUGCUUGUGUUCGUUGGUCGCUGGUCUAUGCAAAAGGGUGUUGAUCUUAUUGCAGACGCACUGCCUGCUGUUAUCGAAUCUCGACCUAACGUGCAGUUGAUCUGUAUUGGUCCCGUUAUCGAUCUCUACGGUAAAUUCGCUGCUCUAAAGCUUGACCACAUGAUGAAAGUCUAUCCCGGACGAGUCUUCUCAAAGCCUGAGUUCACUGCACUCCCGCCCUUCAUCUUUUCUGGUGCCGAGUUCGCCUUGAUCCCGUCUCGUGAUGAGCCCUUCGGUCUGGUUGCCGUAGAGUUUGGCCGAAAAGGUGCAUUGGGUAUCGGAGCUCGUGUUGGUGGUCUUGGCCAAAUGCCAGGCUGGUGGUACAAUGUGGAAUCAGUCUCGACGUCGCAUCUCCUCAUGCAAUUCAAGCUUGCAAUUGAGGCUGCCCUCAAUUCUAAGACAUCCGUCCGUGCGAUGAUGCGUGCCAGAUCUGCGAAACAGCGUUUCCCUGUUGCUCAAUGGGUUGAGGAUCUUGAGAUCCUGCAAACUACUGCCAUACAGGUUCACAAUAAAGAAGCGUCAAAGACACAUAGUACCAACAGCACUCGACCUGGCACUUCUUCUGGAUUCGGCACUGUCAGUGCGGCCAUGUCACCUUCUAUGACCCAACUCGGUAGCCCACUGGCUUCACCCGGCAUGAACUCUCCCUUCACACAUUCCAGGGAGAGCAGCUACUCUUUCAACCAAAUGAACAGCCUUCCCACCCAGAAGAAGGUCAGCUACAGCGCAGAUCCAGACCAGGAAGAAACGGAGAAACCAAAGUCCGGACUGAGUCGUUCUCUCUCCCUGGGUGUCCGCUCAGGCCCCGGUCAUGCUGGACGUCGGAGAAGAGCAGCAGAGGGUGGUAUCCCAGAGAGCGAUGAAAAUGGAGCCACUGAUGUCGACGAGAAUAGCGAUGAGGAAGCUGCCCACAACGCAUUUGACGAUGACGAAUACACUCUCACCCCGGCCCAAGUCGAGGCAGGACGACGGGCCCAGGCUGCUCAAAGGGACCGCGCUCAAAACUUGCCUUCGCCAAGCAGACGCCCCAGUCAAGAUUCUUUACAACCCAGGUUCAUGGUUCCAUUGGAAAGCCCGAGAAGUCCGGGAACUCCGCCGGCCGCGGACAGCCUGCUUCUUCCUCCCCAGCCAUUUGCCGAGUCCAACCGUCUCAGCAGUGCAUCCGUUCUCUCUCUGGACUCCGUCGUCGGCAACAAGACUGACUUCAAGCUACAAAAGGUUGAUCCUUUCUUCAUGGAUAGCACUGGCGAGUACUACAGGAUAUUUGACAAGAAGUUGGAUAUCCUCAACGGAUCCAACUCUGAGUCGCAGCUUUGCAUCGAAGAGUUCUUGGUUAAGAGCGAGCAAGAGUGGUUUGACAGGUUCCGUAAUGCCAGACUGGGUCGCAACAAGUCUCCCACUCCAUCAAUUCGCCAUUCAUCGAGGAACACCGACACCCCAGACACAAUGUUCUACAACGAUGAUCUCGCCUCCAACGUGAACAGCGACGAAGAUAAUCAUCUCCAGGAUGAUGAGUUCCUUCUCGGAAAGGACUAUGUCCCUCCCACUGGACUUAAGAAAUGGAUGCAGAUCAAAAUUGGAGACUGGCCGGUCUACUCCAUCUUCCUGGCUUUGGGCCAGAUCAUUGCCGCAAACUCCUACCAGAUCACUCUGCUCACAGGUGAAGUUGGUCAGACUGCGGAGAAGUUGUAUGGAAUUGCAACAACAUAUGCCAUUGCAUCCAUGUGCUGGUGGCUCGUGUACCGAUACUUCAAGUCUGUCGUCUGCCUUUCUACCCCGUGGAGAUUCCUUCGCCCGGGAUGGAUCCAGAAUGUCGGCACCGGUUUCUAUGCCGCAGCCUCCGCUAGUGGAUCCAUUUUCUUCGCUUCAAACUUUGGUGACGAGGGUGGUGCUCCAGUUGAAACCUGGAUUUUCCGCGCCUGUGUCAUUCAAGGUAUUCAGCAGGUCUACGUUAUUGCCCUCUGGUACUGGGGUUCCACCAUGACCAAAGCUUCGUCAGAGGGUCUCUUGAACCCUGAGACCAACAUUGCCAACAGCUGGAAAAUGAGUGCGAUCUGUUACCCCAUCUGCAUUUUCCUGUGUCUUGUGGGUGUUUUGCUGGCUAUGGGACUUCCCAACUACUACCGCCAAAAGCCAGGCAAGGUGCCAUCCUUCUACAAGUCCCUUUUCCGGAGAAAGAUCGUCACUUGGAACUUCAUCGCCGUCAUCCUGCAGAACUUCUUCCUCAGUGCACCAUACGGUCGAAACUGGAGCUUCCUCUGGACCUCCAUACACACCCACGCAUGGCAGAUCGUCAUCCUCUGCGUCGUCUUCUUCGGCUUUGUCUGGUGCAUCUUCCUCUUUGUUGUUAGUAGAUUCUCAAAGCGACACAGUUGGUUCCUUCCCGUAUUCGCCUGCGGCCUGGGCGCACCCCGCUUCAUCCAAAUCUGGUGGGCCGUCUCCGGCAUCGGGUACUAUCUGCCCUGGGCCGGCGGGUACACUUCCGGCGCGCUCGUCUCUCGCAGUCUGUGGCUGUGGCUGGGCGUUCUGGAUUCCAUCCAAGGUCUCGGAUUCGGUAUCAUCCUUCUGCAGACUCUCACUCGAGUCCACAUGUGUUUCGCCCUCAUUGCAUCCCAGGUGAUAGGUUCCAUUGCGACUAUCUGCGCCCGAGCUUUCGGUCCGAACAGUGUGGGACCUGGCCCAAUCUCUCCUGACAUGACCCAGGGCGCCCAUUCCUUGGCUAAUGGCUGGUUCUGGGUAGCUUUGUUCUGUCAGUUGUUGGUCUGUGCCGGGUUCUUGCUGUUCUUCCGUAAGGAACAACUCGCCAAACCAUAA